AUGAACAAAGGCGGCGUACAACAACGACAACACAAUAGCAACACCGCUAUCAAUUCGAACAUGGGUGAUUUGGAAAGUGUUCGGGUGGCUUUGAGGGUACGUCCCUUGGUGCCAUCGGAGGUCAAUCGCGGCUGUCAAGUGGCUGUGGAAAAAGUCGAUGGCCAAGAUCAGGUGGUGGUGAACAACAGUGAUGCCUUCUCGUUUAAUUUCGUCUUCGAUUGGCGUGACACCCAGGAGCAUGUGUACAAUAUGUCUGUGUCGGAUAUGUUAGAUAAAUUGUUCAGUGGUUUCAAUGCCACAAUAUUGGCUUAUGGCCAGACUGGUUCUGGUAAGACCCAUACCAUGGGCACGGCAUUCGACGGUGAAUUGGAUGAGAAUGUCGGUGUGAUACCCCGUGCUAUGCACGAUAUUUUCGAAAGGAUAAAAAAUCUUUCCGAUCAAUAUGACUUUGUGAUUAAAUGUUCCUUCAUGGAGUUGUAUCAGGAACAAUUGUUCGAUUUACUGUCGAAUAGACCGCGUGAUGAAAGCAUAGUAGAUAUGCGUGAAGACCGCAGCGGAAUAAUUAUGGUUGGUCUGACUGAGCAACAGGUUCACUCGGCCAAGGAAACAACCGAUUGUUUGGUGCGUGGUUCAUCGGGUCGGGCAGUGGCAUCGACAGCCAUGAACGAAGCUUCGUCCCGGUCGCAUGCUAUAUUUACCGUUACCCUGCAAGCAACCAAAAAAGAUGAAUCACGCGCUGUUACCACCUCCAAAUUUCACUUGGUCGAUUUGGCUGGUUCAGAACGUUCCAAGAAGACCGGAGCCACCGGCGACCGUUUUAAAGAAGGUGUUAAAAUCAAUCAAGGCCUCUUAGCUUUGGGCAAUGUCAUUUCAGCUUUGGGAGAUGGCAAAGGUGCUGGCUUUGUACGCUAUCGUGAUUCGAAAUUAACUCGCCUUCUACAAGAUUCACUUGGUGGCAAUUCCGUAACCCUAAUGAUUGCCUGUGUAUCACCGGCCGACUACAAUGUCGCGGAAACUCUAAGUACCCUUCGUUAUGCUGAUCGUGCACGCAAAAUUAAAAAUAAACCUAUUGUCAAUCAAGAUCCUCAUGCCGCCGAAAUUAAUCGCCUCAAGGGUAUUAUACAAAAGUUACGUUUGGAACUGCUAACUAAAGGCGGCACAAUGACAAGUUCAUUGACAACGGAAUUGGAAACCGUCACCCCUCCCGUUGUACCACUAAUGGCCUCCUCCAUGCCCGCCAUUAUGCCUUCCGAAGAACAGAAUAGAAAAUAUAAAGAACUGCAAGACAAAUAUCGCACACUGCAACAGCAGUGGCAGAUGACCCUGCACGAUGUAACAGAGCAUGAAAUGCGUGCUCACAUCGCUGAGGCUGCCCAUGACACACUGAAGGCCAAAACCGAUGAAAUGAAAUCAUAUUUCCAUGAAGUGUCCAUGAAAUGUAAAGAUCAUUCCAUGGACGAGGAGAAGCUAAUGGAGACGGUAAUGUGUAUUAGUAAAAUGGUCGAGAGUCUGGAUGAGGAGUUGGCGAAGACCCAAACGGAAAUAAUGGAGCACAAGAAACCCUCCUCGAUGGGAGAUUCGGAUGGUGAUCACGAGGAUGCUGAUGGCUCCCUCGCCUCGUCUUCGGAAAUGCAUGCAUUGGUACAGGAACGCACCGAGGCAUUUACGAACAAACAAAUGGAAAUCAAUGAACAGCUGAGACGCAUCAAUCGCGAACUUACCCUAAAAGAACAGUUGCAACAACGCAUGGCCGGUAAUUUCAGUAAAUUUUCCACAUUGGAUGAUGACAUUGAGGAGAAGGUCAAAGAAUGCGAACAGAAAAUUGCCGAAUUGGAAAAUGAAAAGGCUGAGCUGUUGGAUAAACUGAAGCAUGUGAAGGAGAAUGCCUCAGCCAAAUUAGCGGAGGAGCGGCGUAAACGUUUGCAGGCCUUGGAACAAGAAAUCGGAGAAAUGAAACGUAAAAAUCUCCAACAAGCCAAACUCUUGAAGAUACGCGAAAAAGAAACCCAGAAGAUUAAGAAUCUCAGUUCCGAAAUUCAAGCCAUGAAAGAGUCUAAGGUUAAGCUGAUAAGGGCAAUGCGUCAAGAGUCCGAAAACUUUAGGCAAUUCAAAAUGAUGCGUGAAAAGGAACUGAUGCAACUAAGGAACAAAGAUCGUAAAAUGCAAAAUGAAAUGGCUCGCAAGGAGGCCCUGCACAAUAAGCAGCGUAAUGUCUUGAAGCGGAAAUGUGAAGAAGCCAUGGCCAUAAAUAAGAGACUCAAAGAUGCUCUCGAAAGACAAAAGGUGGCCCAAACCCAGCGACAAAAGCUACAAUCCGCCAAAGACGCCAACGCUGCUUCCGUGAAGAUUGACCAGGUCAUAGCAUGCGUUGAGCGCGAACUAGAGGUAAUUAUAUCCCUUAUUGAUGCUGAACGUACACUUGAACAAUUAAUGGAUGAUCGUGGCAUAAUUAGCAGUCGUUUGGGAGAGUUGCAAAAACAACAACCUCCCCCCGAGCCUCACUCUCAGGCCGCUUUGGAAAUUGCCACCAUGCAGGAGGAACUGGAUAUGCGAAACGCCCAAAUCUCCGACCUCCAGCAGAAGGUAUGCGCUAACGAUGUCGACAAACUAAUACAAACGCUAACGGAUAGUGUCCAAAGCGUUGCCGAGGCCCGGGCUGUGUUCAAGCAUUUGAUCAAAUCGCUGGUCGAACUGAGACGUGAACAUUCGCUGGCUCUCGAAGAUUUGCGCUCACAACUGCAUGCUGCCGAUGACCGUUGUAACGAGGCCAAUAAGACCAUUAAACAACUGAAGUUAGAACACGCAGAAGCCAUUGCCGAGUAUGAGGAGAAGAUUGCAUUGGCUCUAACACCAGAACAGGUAGAACGCUUGAAAUUGCAAGAGGAGCAGCAAAAGAAAAUCGAAUCGCUAAUGAUCGAGCUGGAAAAUUACAAACAGCUAAGGGAAUUAAAUCAGCAGGCGGCGGCAGCGCCAUUGCCCGCCAAAAAGAAAGUCAAGUCAUCGGCCAAGCCCGUCGAAGACUUAGAAGAGGAGGAAGAAGAAUAUAUAGAGGAAAUAGAAGAUAGUGAGGAUGAAGUGGAUGAAAGUAGCUCUGAUCCUGAUUGGUCCAAGACACCCAUGGUGCGCCGAAAACGUCCAAAUAACAUGCGGACCACCACCGGUGUCAGAGCAUCAACAUCCAUCAAGUCCAUCUCCCAAUCAGAUAUCUCCCACAAUAUGGAUGAAGACCAACAACAGAACUCCUUUGACUCCACUCAUUCACGAACACUUGGAGGAGCUGCAAAAACGUCUGGCAAGGGUCAGCACAAGCGGAAGUCCAAGGGCUGCCAAUGCCGUGGUGACUGCCGCAACAAGCGUUGCGGAUGUAAUUCGCUCGAUCAGAAAUGUACGGUAAAUUGUCAAUGUACCUCGAAUUGUCUCAACCGUAUUAUAGGACCAGUGAAUGAACAUCCCGAUGACGAUAACUAUGACAUGAUGAUGGAUGCCAACAAUGAGGCUGGUGGUGAACAAACAAACGAUGUUGCAAUAAAACUGGAAAAAGACUCACCUCCUAACACAGCUGAUAGUGAUAAUGAAAAUGCAAAUAAAAGCAAUGCUACCGAUGAUACAUAUGUUACAACAAAAACCACAAUAACUUCCACGUCAUAUUUAACACCGAAAAUGGCUAGACUCUCCACAAUUAACUUUGAGACUGCCACGGCCAAAAAGAAAUUUUUCAACGAUUAAUUCCACAUUGAAAUACAAAAGUGCCUAAC